AUGUCUCCCUCUAGAGUUCCCUUGCCCAACAGCACCGUGGACCGCUUCCCCCACAUCCAUGAUGACCCUUCUACCCUGCCCCGGUCCCUGGACCCUUUCACUAUCACUACCUCCACUGGCUUCCUCCCUUACCUCACCGCCCCUACCUCACUGCCUGAUGUCUUCCAGCCUCUACAGUCCCUACUUGAGCGGAUGCCAGUACUCAAGGAAGAUGGCACUCCAGGUCUGCUUGCCAAGUAUGAGCUGGGCCCUGCCGUCCUGGCUGAGCUGCCCGACUUGACGGAUGAGAUCGACAAGCAGGUCACUGCUGAGGGGUCGCCGGACCUGUACAUGAUCGCUGCACUGUUCCGGGACUACUCAUUCCUCGCUUCGGCUUAUAUCCUUGAGCCAUGCUGGGAGAACUGGUGCAAGGACCCGGAGAGUGGCUAUGGUCUGGGACGGGACCUUCUGCCCAAGACUGUAGCUCGUCCCAUGUACCGUUGUGCUCAGCUCUUGGACAUUCCUCCUUUCCUGUCCUAUGCAGCUGCAUACUCCCUCUUUAACUACACCUUGGCUGAACCGUCCAAGGGCCUGGUCUACCCUAACCUUAGGUUGGUCCGCGCCUUUGAGUACGGCCUCGACCCCAAGAGCUCAGAGGCAGGGUUCAUCCUGACCCAUGUGGACAUGGUCAAGUACUCGAGCGGCCUCAUCAGUGGAGCUGUCAAGGUUGUCGACACCGUUGAGCAGGGUGGACCACGCUCGGUAGUCAACGACGGGUUCCGAGAGAUCCUGGAGUCGAUGGAAAAGAUCGAAGCAGCCAUGGAGGAUAUGUGGGCCAACUCCAAGCCCCAGGACUACCUCUCCUUCCGCGUCUUCAUUUUCGGAAUCACAUCUCAGUCCAUGUUCCCCAACGGAGUCGUCUACGACGGGGUGCUCGACAACAAGCCUCUUUUCUUCCGCGGAGAGAGUGGUGCAAACGACAGCAUGAUUCCACUACUCGACCACCUCUGCCAAAUCCCCAUGCCCUCCAACCCGCUAACCAAGGUGCUGCAUGAAUUCCGCGCCUACCGACCCCUUCCCCACCGCGAGUUCCUCGCGCACAUUAACUCGAAAUCGGAAGAGGUCGGGGUGCGCAACUUUGCACUGGCGGAUACCGAGACGGCGAUUCUUCUCCUGAAGACACUCAACCAUGUGCGUAGCUUCCGUUGGCGGCACUGGCUGUUUGCCCGGGAGUACAUUAUCCGCCGCACGCCGCAUCCUACUGCCACCGGCGGAAGCCCUAUUGUUACGUGGCUCCCGAACCAGCUGUCCGCUGUGAUGGACUUGAUGAUUUCGGUCUACGACACGUACCUGGCCCCGCAGAAGGGGGAUGGCCUGGGACCGGACGGACAGAAGGGCUACGAUGCUUACGCAAAGCAGGUUGAGCCGAUGAUGGAGAUGGUGCGGGAUCAGCGGGACAAGUUGGCGAAGGAGGUAGAGAAGUGGUGCCAGGAGAGGGGUGUAUAG